CACAAUAUUUCAUUGUUGAACCCGUUUGUCAAUGUCAGCAAGGAAACAAUAGGGUCUGAGACUCCGCAAAAGCAUAUACACACUUCUUUGAGCCCGUCAUCCUUGCGGCUACCAGCAAACACGUCACCCUCUGCUGCCCAAAUACCUCAACUGCCAGCUCGCUUUCAAACUAUCAAGAUGUCGAACGGUGGGACUCUGACUCUCCCGUCUCCGACGCAUGGACAUCACCAUCAUGUCGAUGUGUCUGCUGGCCUACGAUCUCUGAGGCGGUCACUAUCACGUUCGCCAUCCAAAUUCUCGUUGGUCAGGACCACGUCUCAGAGCAGCUCUGACGCUGGUUCUUCACCAUCAUCACCAUCGUGUCGUCGCGCACAGUCACAGUACUUUGCUCAUUCUUCACAAAACAGCGCGCCACAAUCUAUACAUGGCCAGUCACCCCUGGCUACCCCCUUCAAACCAAGUGUCAAGCUGUCGCUCAGGUCAGCUAAGUCCGCUUCGCGGAGUCCAGUAUCGGCAUCUGGGUCCAAAUCCAUUACGAGGCAGAGAGCUUCACCCAAAAGCCCUCCUCGCCGCGCUCUACAUGCCGCCAUGAACUCUGGCAACCUCAACCCUCGGUCUACCACACCAGAGUCGUCGCCUCCCGGCCAAGAAAACACAAACAUACUGGGCGCACGAAGCCCCGUGCCACGGAAGAGUUCUGAUAAGGUCGCGAACCGGCACAGCGUACAUCUAGAUGUUACUGGGACAUCACAGCUCGCCAAAUCACGCUACUCAGACGCGGGCGUUACCAGUAACCCGAGCGUGUUGGCCAGCCCUUUGAAGCGGAGCGACGCAAUCAUGUCACUGGACCAGGUGGCUUCAGGCAGUCCCAAGGCGAAGCGGCGCAGCUAUGGCCCUUCUAACUUUGCUGCGGACUUCAACGUCUUUGAUCAUACGCCAUCAUCGCCGAAGCCCGAAUCUCCUGAAAGUUCCACAACUGAGCAGGAUUGGCCCAUGGCUGGGCUCUUCCCAACCAUGAGCUCAAUGGAGUCUGUGUUCCCACCCACACCAUCUGCGAUUCCUCGGCGAGCAGGUUCCUUGAGGAAGUCGACAUUACAGCAACGCCACAGUAGCGAGCGUACGUCCUGGGGCAAGCGCCAGGCUGCCCAGGCCCUGGCCCAAGCGAUGGCUCAGGCCUCAAAUGAGGCUACUUCGCCUGCAUCGAAGAACCGGCCGCGACUUUCUCUAGACCACUUUAUGCCUCCUCCGGCUCGGGAGAGCCCAUUUAUGCAGAUGCCUCUCCCAAACCCUUCGGUUCAUCCCUUGAGAGACCAGCACCAGCCACACCCUCUGUCGCGGACCAUGACGACCUCAUCAUCAAACUCGAGUAUAGGAGAUGAUUCGCCCACGCACUUCCCUAUCCAGAUCGCCGAAAAGCCUAGAGCACCAAUGAACUGGUCCAAGAGCUUGCCUAUAGGGGCCGUACCACCCCGGAGAGAGGGCAAGGCGACGGCCAGCAUAUCUACGCCGGAUUACAAACAUGCAAGACCAUUUGAAGGUGCCUUUGCUUCGACAGGUCUCAUCUCAAAGAUGAACCGAAACCCAGAGCUUGGUCCUUCCACGGGUCGGAAUGGCGUCGGCGCCAUCAUGCCAGACACGCCAUGCAAGAAGCAGGUUAGCGGUUUCGCGACUUAUCCACCACCCCCUCCACCAGGAAGCUCAAAGGGUCGAGGUCGUCACAUUCGCUAUACCUUCGGAGAACCUGCAACUCCGUUCAAUCCUCUAUCAGCCACCAAAUCCCAACACACGUUUGGAGAAAGUCAAAGACCAGCGUUGUUCAAUGGUUUCGGAAGACAGCAUUCACGGAAGGGCAGUCUCCUCAGUCUAUACAGUGACGAUGGUGCUGUUGGAGGCCCUGGGGCGAGCCCCCUCGGAAAGAGCAUUGAUAACCUAGCGGCUCUGGACACCGACAUUCCCCCCACGCCGACGAAGUCUCAGGUUGAGACAGACAGCAUGAGCAGCUUCUGUGAACUAUCAAAUGAGAGUCCUACUACGAACCGUCAUCUACCCGCACCUGUUUCCGCUAUUGGCUCUGGGAGGAUAUGGCAGCACGACGCCAAUAACAACUGUAAGUUGACAAGGAGCAAACUGCCUGAGAGCGAUGUUGUGCUCGACCGGAUGCACACCAAUCUUCAGGACGGCGAGACUGGUCGGAUUGGUGGUGCUCGAGGAGUAACUCCUUCGAUCGCCGUGAACUCAUCUUUCAGUCAAGCUCGCUCCAAGAGGGGAUCAUUCCCAAAGCCAGCACCGCUCAGGACGAUAGAUCUGAGACUUCCCUCCUCUUUCACUAUUGCAGAACUCCGUACUAAGACAAGCUCGCUCAAAUUAGCAAGUCCUCUGGACCGCAUCGACUUUGCCGACAGCGUUACGCCGCACACUCCUCAAGAGAGUGUCGUGCCCCCGGACGCCAGCCGGUUGUCCAUUUCUAAUCCUACAGAGGGCUUUUUCUUCCCGCCGAGCCGGGAGAAGAAGUCGAUUUUCCCCCCAGCCACGCCCACGACUCGUCAUGGCACUUUCAGCGUACCACAAGAACGCCGAGCCAUUACUCCAGUCAAUGGAGCUGGCUCUGGUGAGGUCGAUGAGAGUCUUUUGUCGCGAUUUGGCAAGGUUGAAUAUAUCGGCAAGGGCGAAUUUUCCCAGGUCUGGAAGGUAGCCGAAUUCUCUCAUACAUUGCAACCAACCACUGUGCAGCGUGGGUUUUUCAGCACUCCUACUCACCGAACGCCUGCCGGACCAGCUCCCGACAAGGUCUUCGCUGUCAAGAAGUUGACGCUCCCGAUUCAAGGCGAGAAUGAUCGCAGCAUGCGCAUGCGGGAAGUCUCUAUUCUCAAGUCCUUGAAGGGUUGUGAUCACAUUUUGCAACUUAUUGACAGUUGGGAAGAGAAGAGCUGCUUGUACAUUCAGACUGAGUACUGUGAAGAGGGCACUUUGGACACUUUCCUCGCCGCCAAUGGCCUGAUGGGCCGGCUCGAUGAUUUCAGGAUCUGGAAGAUCAUGCUUGAAAUCGGCCAGGGCUUAUCACACAUUCACGGACAGGGUUUCAUCCAUCUUGAUCUCAAGCCAGCGAAUAUUCUCAUCAACUUUGAGGGCACUCUCAAAAUCGGCGACUUUGGCCUUGCCACCUCGCUCCCAGCCUGUAAAGGACCAGAUCUAGAAGGGGACCGAGAGUAUCUGGCGCCGGAGGCUCUUCGCUCAGACAUUGACAAGCCCGCCGACAUCUUUUCCUUCGGCUUGAUAAUGCUCGAGAUUGCCGCGAAUGUCAAGCUCCCUGACAACGGCGCGACCUGGACGGCAUUACGUGAGGGAGAUUUCUCAGAAGUCCCAACAUUGACCCAGGACGCAAGUGCUAUCGUCCGGGAUGCAACUGGUAUGCCUGUGGACGAACUCGAAACCAACAACAGCCUGGCCACCGGGGAGCCUCGGCCCAGCAUCAAACGCCAUGGAUACAACUUCCGUCGAAACUCCAGACACACUGGCGACAUUUUUGGACUGGCCAAGAAGAACGAGCUCCAAGAACCUCCGGCAUUCAUGAAGGACCCUACGCAUAGCAACUCAUUGGAUGUUGUGGUCAAGUCCAUGCUGGCGGCUGAGCCUAUGUGUCGCCCAGGGAUUUCGGACAUCCUCGGACUUGACGCGUUCCGUUGGAUCGCCUCCCGCCAACGCGCCUCAGCUACGGUAUUCGAGGGCAAUUGGGGUCCCGCGGACGAGAUCGUCGAGCCUCAGUGCCUGGACACGGAGAUGACAGAUGUCUGAAGUGCCCAACAAAUGGCGCGAUUAUGCCCACAACAAACCCGAUCACACAUGGUUGUGGUCUCCACGCUGGUGCGGCGUCCUAUGGCCGCUCAGCAACGCCGGCCCAACAAACAAACGGAAAUGCAGCAGCUAAGAGCCUCCAGCGAGAAGCUUGUUGGCUACAGCAAUACCGCCCAUUCUUUUCAAUUUUCUUUUGUUUAUACGAACCAGCGAAACCAAUACAAGAGAAUGACUCAGCCUUGAAUCAAGGGCAUGGUCA